CAGUUAUAGGCUACUCCCGGGGAGCGCGAGUCGAGGCUACACUGUUCCAGGCUGCUCUGCUUUGCUUCUUAACACUGUGUGUAUGUUUGUGCGUAGUUGUGUUCUCUCGCGGAGUGUGCGUGUAUGUGUUUUCACCAUCCGCCUGUGCAGGGGGCCGUGCCACCGCCUACAGCAUGUAGCACCUGGAUUACAUCGGUGUCUGGAGCCACCCAUAGGAUCCAACGGAAAGCGUAUUAUAUUACCCAUUGUUGACGGAAUAUUACUAACGGACGCUUAACAGGGAUCGGGACAUUCCAACGGCUGGAUAGGGGAGCAGAGAGGGGCUUUCUCCUCUCGGUAAAUGAUCGGAGAGGAAGCUUCCAUUUUGAGAGAGAAUCAUGGCGAGCGACUCCCCUGCCCGGAGCCUGGAUGAGAUAGACCUGUCAGCGCUACGGGACCCUGCUGGUAUAUUUGAGCUAGUGGAGUUGGUUGGAAAUGGGACCUAUGGGCAGGUCUACAAGGGUCGCCAUGUCAAAACAGGCCAGCUUGCCGCCAUCAAAGUUAUGGAUGUUACUGGCGAUGAGGAGGAGGAGAUUAAAGCCGAGAUCAACAUGUUGAAGAAGUACAGCCACCAUCGUAACAUCGCUACCUACUACGGCGCCUUCGUCAAGAAGAACCCCCCGGGCGUUGACGACCAGCUGUGGUUGGUGAUGGAGUUCUGUGGGGCUGGCUCAGUAACAGAUCUCAUUAAAAACACCAAGGGGAACUCUCUGAAGGAGGAGUGGACGGCCUACAUCUGUAGAGAGAUCCUCAGGGGUCUGACCCACCUUCACCAACACAAGGUCAUCCACAGAGACAUAAAGGGUCAGAACGUCCUGCUGACUGAGAAUGCAGAGGUCAAACUGGUGGACUUUGGCGUGAGUGCCCAAUUGGACCGUACUGUGGGGAGAAGGAACACAUUCAUAGGGACACCAUAUUGGAUGGCUCCUGAAGUAAUCGCCUGCGACGAAAACCCAGAGGCCACCUACGACUUCAAGAGUGACCUGUGGUCUCUGGGUAUUACGGCUAUAGAGAUGGCAGAAGGAGCACCACCGCUGUGUGACAUGCAUCCAAUGAGAGCCCUCUUCCUCAUCCCCAGAAACCCCGCCCCCAGACUCAAGUCGAAAAAGUGGUCUAAGAAGUUCCAGUCGUUCAUUGAGAGCUGCUUGGUGAAGAGUCACGGUCAGAGACCGAGCACAGAGCAGCUGUUGAAACACCCCUUUAUCAGAGAGCUGCCCAACGAACGACAGGUCCGCAUCCAGCUGAAGGACCACAUCGACAGGACCAAGAAGAAGCGGGGAGAGAGGGAUGAGACAGAGUAUGAGUACAGUGGCAGUGAGGAAGAGGAGGAAGAACGGGAUGUGGGGGAACCAAGCUCCAUUAUUAACAUCCCUGGGGAGUCAACAUUGAGGCGGGACUUCCUGAGGUUGCAGCUGGCCAAUAAGGAGCGGUCUGAGGCUCUGAGGAGGCAGCAGUUGGAGCAACAGCAGAACGAGGAACACAAGCGCCUCCUGUUGGCAGAGCGACAGAAACGUAUUGAGGAACAGAAAGAACAGAGAAGGAGACUGGAGGAGCAACAGCGUAGAGAGCGUGAGAUCCGAAAACAGCAGGAGAGGGAACAGAGGAGGCGCUACGAAGAGAUGGAGCAGCUGCGGAGGGAUGAGGAGCGGAGGGAUGAGGAGCGGAGGGAUGAGGAGCGGCGACACGCCGAGAGAGAACAGGUACACACACAGGAGUAUAUCCGUAGGCAGCUGGAGGAGGAGCAAAGACAGCUGGAGAUUCUACAGCAACAACUCCUCCAGGAGCAGGCUUUACUGAUGGAGUACAAGCGAAAGCAGAUUGAGGAGCAGCGGCAGGCUGAUCGUCUCCAAAGACAGUUGCAGCAGGAGCGGGCCUACCUUGUGUCCCUCCAGCAGCCCCGACCGCAGGACAAGAAACAGCUGUACCACUACAAAGACACAGCCCCCAGUAAUGACAAGCCGGCCUGGGCCAAGGAGGUGAUGCGUCGAGCCCAAAGUAACUCCCCUCGUAUUCCUCCCAAGAAGUCCCACUCCUUCAACCAGCCUCGAGAUGACAGCCUGUCACACCUCCUAUCAAACCCUGAGUACGCCCCCCGCUCCCGCCCCCCUUCCUACCCUGCCCAAUCAAGUCAGCCCAGGGAAAUGUUCGUCCAGUCCGACUUCAAAAAUAAGAAUGUUCCAUGUAUUCGUGUGUCCUGCCCACCUGAUCCCAUCCCUGACUCCUCUUAUCCAAUCAUGCGUCACCCUGAGCCCAGAAGGAGGAGCCCUGAGGGAGAAGUUCAGGAGUCAAGGGGAAGGAGUCCAGGUCCACGGGUGGAGGAGCGUUCCAAGCUCAACAGACAGUGUUCUCCGGCGCUGCACCAUAAAGGGUCAAACCGUAUCUCCGACCCGUCCCUGCCGCCUCGCUCCGAGCCCUUCAGCAGUGGGGGCAUAGAGCAAUCCAGAACACCACCCACACACCACUCUGUAGAACCACAGAUGGCCCACCUGGUGCAGGUGAAGUCCCACGGGCUGUCUGGUUCCCAGUCUCUACAUGACCCUGCAGGGGUCACUGGCCUGUCCCCCUCCCCGUCCCCCUCCCCCGGUCGUCCCCCUAUGCCUCGCCAGAACUCUGACCCCACCUCAGACACUCCUCCUCCGCCACCUCACCCUCGCCUUGUUCCCCCACCUGACAAAUUGGACCGCAGCUCCUGGCUACGAACAGACCUGGACCUGCCUCCCAAGGUGCCCCAGAGGACCACGUCUAUCUCUCCAGCCCUGGUCCGGAAGAACUCUCCUGGGAAUGGUCUAGGAGGCCUCGCUCCCAGAGCUGGGGCACACCUGAUACGAGCCAGUAACCCGGACCUGCGGAGGACUGAUGUCUCCAUGGAAACUCCCCUGAAGAGGAUGAGCAGUGGCAGUUCUUCCAGCUCAUCUACCCCUUCCUCCCAGGGGGGCAGCAACGAGCGAGGAGUCAGUAAGGUGGAGGGGUCUGCGGGGCCGGCCCAGGAAACCAAAGACGACAACAGAGACGUGACCCUGACGCGGCCCAGCAGGCCUGCUAGCUAUAAGAGAGCUGUGGAUGAGGACCUGACCGCUCUGGCCAAGGAGCUGCGGGAUCUACGUCAGGGGGAGGAGCUUAACCGGCCACCUGCCAAGGUGACGGACUACUCUUCAUCCAGUGACGAGUCACAGAGUGACGAGGAUGAGGGUGGGGAGGGGAGGAGCAACGACGGCUCCGUAGCGGUCAGCGACAUCCCACGGAUCAUGCCGGCUGCGGGGCAGAGCGGUGGGGAUGCUUAUGGCGUGAUAGGAGGCCAUAAUGAUUCCCACGACGAUUCCUAUGGCAACAGUUCCCAAGACAGCACCCUGAUGAUGAGAGAGACAUAUGGGGACAGGAGGCGGAGCUCCACGCUCGCUGAGGGCAACGGUUUCUGCUACAAUGCUAAUCUGCCCGAUCUGGUGCAGCAAAGCCCCUCCCCCCUGGUCUCCCCUGGUGAUGGCUCUGGGCGCAGCCACCCUGAAUAUGGCAUGGGAAGUGGGAGUGGCUCCAAGUCCUCCUCCUUCACGCCCUUUGUUGAUCCACGAGUCUAUGGAACGUCACCAACUGAAGAUGAUGAUGAAAACUCUGCCCCGGCCCUCUUUCCAAAUGAGUUGCUACUGCAUGAGCAGGCCCGACUGAACGAGGCCAGAAAGAUCAGCGUGGUCAACGUGAACCCAACCAACAUUCGACCUCACAGCGACACGCCAGAGAUCCGCAAAUACAAGAAACGCUUCAACUCUGAGAUCCUGUGCGCUGCCCUCUGGGGUGUGAACUUGCUAGUUGGAACGGAGAAUGGUCUGAUGUUGCUGGACCGCAGCGGUCAGGGGAAAGUCUACAACCUGAUCAGCCGCCGACGCUUCCAACAGAUGGAUGUUCUGGAGGGACUCAAUGUCCUAGUCACCAUAUCAGGGAAGAAGAACAAGCUGCGUGUGUACUACCUGUCCUGGCUGAGGAACAGGAUAUUACACAAUGACCCAGAGGUGGAGAAGAAGCAGGGUUGGAUUACUGUAGGAGAGUUGGAGGGCUGUGUGCACUACAAAGUCGUGAAGUAUGAGAGGAUCAAGUUUCUGGUCAUCGCUCUGAAGAACUCAGUGGAGAUCUACGCCUGGGCACCCAAGCCCUACCACAAGUUCAUGGCCUUCAAGUCGUUCACUGACCUGCAGCACCGCCCCCAGCUCGUUGACCUCACUGUGGAGGAAGGUCAGAGGCUGAAGGUCAUCUAUGGCUCCAGUGUUGGGUUCCAUGUCAUUGAUGUUGACUCUGGCAACCCUUACGAUAUCUACGUCCCCUCCCACAUUCAGAGUCAGGUGACGCCCCAUGCCAUCGUGGUGCUGCCGCGGACCGACGGGAUGGAGAUGCUGCUGUGUUAUGAGGACGAGGGCGUGUAUGUCAACACCUAUGGGCGCAUCACGAAAGACGUGGUGCUGCAGUGGGGAGAGAUGCCCACCUCUGUUGCCUACAUCCACUCCAAUCAGAUCAUGGGCUGGGGAGAGAAGGCCAUUGAGAUCCGCUCCGUGGAGACGGGACACCUCGACGGAGUUUUCAUGCACAAGCGAGCUCAGCGACUGAAGUUCCUGUCAGAGAGGAACGACAAGGUGUUUUUCGCCUCUGUGCGUUCCGGCGGCAGUAGUCAAGUCUUCUUCAUGACCCUGAACCGCAGCUCCAUGAUGAACUGGUAACCCCACCUCCUCGCCAUCCUCCCUCCACACUGUAUCUCCCUUACCCAGUAGUCAGGAUGGAGGGACGAGGAGAACUGAGACAGACAGGUAAACGCGGAGCUCCUGCGAAGACGGGAGGAGGAAGUUGUCUCUCCGACGGUUGUAGUAGCAUCGUCAAUCACCAGAGGACACGGAGAGGAACGGCGUCUCUCAGGCUCACACACGGACAACUCUUUCCCUCUCUAUGGUGCAUUUAGUUUCUCUCAGGCUCACUCCCGAGCAUCACCUUGUUCUCACUAGUACAAUACCUUUAGCCAGUUAUGGAAUAGGGUGCCAUUAUGGACGUAGCUUCCAUGUUUGUUCCAGGUGUUUUAUUUUCAGUGGGUGUUUUCGGGACGUGCUAGGCUAGUUCCCCUCAUGGGGUCAAGGAUCUCUGACCUGUGUGGAUUUACAUGCUGAGGAUAGAUUCAUGACUACAGGAGCACUUGAAAGAAAAUACAAAUAAUGUCCCCAGUGGUCACAGAAUAUAUGAUGCUGUUGGCGUGUGUGUGCCACUCUUCAAUGUCAGCCACGCUCCCUCUCUGUGACUGCUCUGUUUGACUUUUCAUCUAUUCCACAUCUGUAAAUACACAUUCUAAGAUCCAAAACAGACCUGCUUCUCUAAUCUGACGCUCUGGUAGUAAGACCGAACAACAUUCUGAGAGAAGGGGGCAGUCUUGAGUUUUAGUUCAUCUUCCUCCUGUAAACGCGGUGUCUGUUCGAUGUGUCUUCGGGAUUGAGAGAGAGAGAGAGACAGAGAGGUGAAGAGAUGGACAGAGACGUUUGUCAGACUUUCUCAUGCACUCUACCUCUCUAUCGCUCCAUGUCGUCCGCUCACAUUGUCCUUUAUAUUUGCAUAGUAACACGCCCAUUCGCUUCUGACUUCUGGACUAAGGCAAUAACUGACUAGGUGUGACCGUGGAACCGAUGACGUUUCCAGAAUGUCCGCGUCAGUCAGUACCUUAGACUGGGUUGGUUUAAAUGCACGGCCAGGUAGAACGACCACAGUCCACCAUUAGGGUUUAAUCACCUUUAAUCUUUGAGGACACUGGGUGUGACUGAGCCAUGUCAAGGUAGUUGGUGGAAGAAAAGAUGGGUGUCUGCGCGUACUGAACCAGUCAUUAUAGACUACUGAUGUGGAGCUGUGUGUCAUAAAAUGUGGCUACUCAACUGUUCACUGAGAAUGACCGGUCACAGGCUGCCUAAACGGAAAACAUCUUGAGGGAUAUUGCCUAUAUCGGAGUAGUAACAAUUUCCAACUUUGGCACCCAUGUGACCCUAAGCUGUUCGGACCAUUAUUUUUUGGGAGAAAUAAAGUAGUUACAGUUUUUAGCCAAAUUCCUGCAAGUCUACACCAUUUGCCUAAUUUUACACAUGGUUAUUAGUCCUGGACGAGUCCACAUGAGCUGGUCGUUAUUUAGAUGAUGACUUAACUACCUAACAUCUGCUAGCUGAUCAACUGGAAAUGUACAGAGAUUUCAAAGAAAUUUGAGGAAGAUUGCCCAUGCACAACGUUUAUUUUAAUAGUACAUUGGGCAUUCUACUAUUGCUACUCCUAACCAUAUUAAGUUGGAAGUCAAAAUGUUUUUUAAGGUCUGGUUCCUGAUUCAGAUCGUGGUUGAGUUUGUCUGUAAUUAAAGGCUAAUCAAAAUGAGCCAAUUCCAUCCACAAAUCCCUUACCACAUUAGUCAUCAUAGAUCUGAAAUAACUAGAGAAAUAUGAGCAUGACCGACAGGUGCUUGGACAUGUCGGCAGGCAGCUUGCUUUCACCUGUCUAGUUCUGUCAGAUCUAUGAACAGGGCAGAGUUAUAGUUUGGUGAAAAGGGAGCUGACUCCCAAAACACAGUAGGGGAAAUAUGAAUAAAGCAUUUCAUUGUGAUAAUACCUAAUCGUUUAGAGAAACACAGCCAUUAUGUUUAUACAAUACGGCUUCCAUCACUUUCUACAGAAUAGAGAAAAUGGUUUUAGGGAUUUCUAAAACGUGUUUUUAUCGUGAUAUAAUUUGUAUUUCAAUUUUUAUUAGUAUGAGACUGUGAACACGUGUGCAAGAAUGAGUGUUGAAUCACUGGGAUCAAUAACCAAUACCCAGAGUGGUAACUCCACGAUGUAACGUUGUAACAACACUCGAUUAUGAUCACAGAGGCGUCCUGUACUGCUUCACUUUACAUUGUAUCGAUGUCUGUGACUGACAUGUAAAAUACACAGCAGCAUUACGUCACGCUCUGGGUCGCAUGAUGUCUGACACAUACACACACACACACACACACUAACAUACUAAACAUGGGAUGAAAUCCUGCUCUGCUGAGGGGCCGUAUGAUUUUUCUCUUGUUUGCUAAUCACUUUUCUUCUGCAGAAACGUCUGUUAUUAGUUCUGCAUGUAGAUUUGUCACUGAGGCUGUCUCAAUGGGAUUAGCUGUGUGAUCUAGCAAGUUGGACUGCCCUAUUGGGUGGUUUGCCCUG